CUGCAAACAGACCCUGAUCACUUCCUCUUAUUUCACUGAGUGUUUCCCCAGAUGCCGGGUGCUCUUAUUCCAGCUUUCUCCUUGCCUCUGUGCAGUGUCACUCCGUGAAAAGCUACACACAAUGCAGAACAUACAGGUGCCAGUGCCACCUGUUAGCAGGGACAGGGUGAUCUCCCAGAUGCCCAAGUGCUACACCCCUCAAGCUUGCCUCCAGUAUAAAGCUGAAUUUGAUGCCCAGGUGAAGGCCGCCUGUUCACAGCGUAACAUUGGGCUGAAAAUGUCUAAGGUUGUAAUGGUGGGUGAUCUCUACGUGGGAAAGACCAGUUUAAUUAAUAGGUUCUGUAAAGAUGUGUUUGACCGCGAUUAUAAAGCAACCAUUGGUGUAGAUUUUGAAAUUGAGCGGUUUGAGAUCUUGGGAAUUCCAUUUAACCUCCAGAUAUGGGACACUGCCGGGCAAGAGAAAUUCAAAUGCAUUGCAUCUGCUUAUUACAGAGGGGCACAAGCUAUCAUCACUGUGUUUGAUCUGGGUGACAUCCAGACCCUGGAGCACACAAGGCGCUGGCUGCAGGAUGCUUUAAAGGAAAAUGAGCCAGGAACAUGCUCUGUUUUCUUGGUGGGAACAAAAAAAGAUACAUUAUCUGAUGCAGAAUGUGACCGAACAGAGCAUGAUGCCUUGCAGUAUGCAAAUCAGAUGCAGGCGGAAUAUUGGUCUGUAUCAGCAAAAACAGGGGAGCACGUGAAAGAGUUUUUUUUCCGAGUUGCAGCGUUGUCCUUUGAACGAUCUAUGAAAACAGAGCUGGAUCAGCAACAUGACAGCAAAGCCCAGAUCGGAGCUGGGACCCUUAUACAUCUUGAAGGAAAUUCUUCAGAAAGAAAGGAUAAUGAAGCUCAACUUAAUACCAACUGCUGUUAAAGAGAAGCUUUUCCAACCAAAAUAGAAAGGAGAUAACCCUCUCUGCCAAUUUUCUACCAGUAUGCCACCCUCUGGUUCUCUGAAUUUCCAUUUAAAGGUGUUUUAUUGCAUCUUGGCAAAUGCCACUGACUCACCAGUUUGGGCUUACUAUGGACAGCCUGAACCUCUGUCCUGUGGGAAUAUGUUUGUAAGCUCAGGCUUGUAAUAGCCUCUCACUGCCCACAGCUUCAUUACAAAACCACAGUGUGUGUAAUUCACACCUUCACCUUGGACUUUGCAUUCAUGCAAUGUGCACAGAAAGAUAAACAAUAUAAAAUUAUUUAGAGAUGAGUAACUUGCAUCACACCUGAAGAAGAAAGGUAUCUUGUAUUUUAUAAUACGUUAUGGGCCCAAUAAAAAGGUAACACUA